CGAAGGAUCCGCAGCAAUCGAAUCACGUCCUCCCGUUCGACUCAAUUUUGAUUAUUGAUUUCGCCAGUCCUCAGACUGUAACGGGCAGGUUAGGACUGAGACGACAGACAGGAGAAAAAAAAUAGGAAGAAAAUUAAAAGAAAAAAAAUAAAAAACAAGAAGAAAAAUGACAGACGGUGUCGACGGAGGCGUGCGUCACCUUGCCAUGUGAAACGUCCGUACUGACGAGGGAAAUGGCCAAUUCCACCUACCUGGGCCACUGCGCCUUCGAGAACCAACCGACGGACCCCCUUUCCAUCUGCAUCGCCACCAUGUACAUCCUCUUCGGCAUCGUCUACACACUUUUUGGUUACCGGUGUUUUAAGGCAGUCAUGUUCUUGACAGGCUUCAUAUUUGCAUCUGUCCUUGUCUAUUUGAUCUGCAUCCAGGACCGCAUACUGCCAUCUUAUGCCAAUGCGGGGAUCGCGGUCUGUGCCGGGCUCAUGUUUGGUCUCAUCACCAUGCUCAUACAGUAUGUCGGUCUUUUCAUGACCGGUUUCCACACGGGGCUCCUCCUCGCCCUGGCGACUUUGGGCGUACUUGACCUGUUCGAAGAGCAGGUCGGCCUUUUUACCGCUAUUGCUUCGCUUUUGGGCCUGGGGUUAUUCUUCGCCAUAAUCAAUCUACAAUGGCAACGGGGUCUGACAAUUCUUGGGACAUGCGUGUAUGGUGGCGCACUGGUGAGCAGCUCCGUUGACUACCUUAUUGAGAGCUUCCAAUCAGUCAAGUGGCUCUGGCAACGUGCCGGCAUGAUGCCAUGCUACCCUGUCAUCGUGAUAUGGCCUGUCCUGCUCCUCUUCGGCCUUGUCAUACAAUGCGGUAUCACCGCCCCUUCGACGCACAACUCCGGUAUGACAUUUACACUUUCACCAUUAACUGAGUACACUGAAUUAUUUCGUUCACCCUGUACAGGAAAGCAUCCCACGAGACCGAGGACGAGAGAACAGAGGGCUGAACUGAGACAGAACAAAUAUCGCUACCUUUACCAAGUGAGGACUGCUCACGGCGACGUCAUUUCCCAGAAUUACGUCCAGGCGAUUCAGAACAAAGUGAUCGCACCGGGAGAGACGUCAACACUAGAGUCAGACGCCACGCAUCUCACGAUGCUCCCGGAUGGUCAGACAGAUUUCAACCGCGGACCCGGCUACUACCGAUGAGGCUCACCACACCCGCGACAAGAGGAAACCUGCUAGUCCUUGAUUUAAUAAUUUUUACCUUUUUUGAUUUGUUUUUUAAUUUUAAGUAAUUUAUCGCACGACAUCACGCGUCAAUUGGCGAAGGAAAAUGACAGUCUGCUCGUGUUUUUUCCCCCAAUUUUAAUUUUAAUUUUCACCCAUGCAAUGUUGUGAUAAUAACAAUGUAGGUUAUUUUUUCUUUUUGCUUUAAUUUGUUAUUGUCUUUUAAAUAAUUGCUCACGCUCUACGCAUAAAGUCAUCACUUUGUACACGGAUUUUUUUUCACAAUACAUUUUAAUUUGAAAAUCCGUCCUGAACAAACAGGGGGAAUGUGUGAUCGUUAAGGAUUUUUGUGAUAAUUAGUGAUUCGGAUGUAUUCCCUUAACAAAAAAAUGAAAAAAUAUUGACUAGCUUUUCUUUUAAGUUUAAUAUAUAUAUAAAAAAAA